AUGCCUAUGUCUUCUCUCCCAGCAGCCAUUUUAUCUCAAAUGAUAGCUAUAAGCAAUGUGUCUUCUCCUCCACUUCUCAGUAUUCCAAGCUUGCAAAUGCCUAAGAACAUUGAUUAUCAUCAGUUGAAUACAUUAUGCCACAUGGGAGGAAUACAAUACAGAAAACCUGCUGAAGGCACAGCAGAAAGUAAACCCCAACAACCUGAUGAUUCUCACAACAUAUCUGUCCAUGUUAAAAAAGCACGUGGUGGCCGUACUUUAUAUGGACCAAAAAAAUCUGAAGAGAAGUUAGUAGAAUUCAUGGCUAUCUUAAAAAAAUUGCCCAUUCACAGGACGCCAUCUGAACACAACGCUGUGUGGAAGAUGCUGAGAACAAUUCCAGAUUUAACCUCUCAUCUAAUUGAUGAGCACCUGAAAAUACUUAGUAAGAAUGUCAUUUCUGAAACCUGGGUAAAAGGAAGCACAGUGAUAGGAAAUGAUGGAUUUUAUGUGAUACUGAAAGGCCUAGCUCGACCACGAACACAGAUAUAUAAAAAUCUGAUUGAAGAAAAUGAGUCUACAACCUCUUUCAUACCUCAGAGUUUCCACAGCUUUGUUUUCAGUGAAGACUUCAGAAACUCUAUACUGGCUGGGAUACGCAUACCUUCAAUGGACCCAAUGCUUGGACAAUGGAGUACCUUUGGAACCCUGGAAGUUACAGCUCCGACUGAAUCAGAAACAAAGGCGUUCUCAGUGGUGGCAGAAGAAGAUUGUGAAAUUCUUAAAAUCCCUGCAAAGAAUUAUGCAAAGUUAAAAUCGGAAAAAACAAAACUGGAAAAUAAAAAUAAGGUGAAAUUAAUCCAUAAGUGUCCAUAUUAUGUGGAGUGGCCUACUUUAUCCAUAUAUGAGCUAGUUACACUCACUAAAUAGAAAAAGUUUCCUCCAGGUCAUGUGAUAGUGGAAAGUGGAAAUAUAAUCUCUUUUGUGGCUUAUAUUAAUUCUGGAUAUUGUAAGGUUUACAGAAGUAUUGUAGGACUUUCAAAAUCACAAUCAAGAAAAGUGAAAAAAAUACGAAGACUUGUGUAUAUGGGUAAACUUAAGGAGAAGGAGUCUUUUGGUGAUAGUGUUCUUCUUCAAGUUCCUUUCACAUACACAAUAGUUACUGGAAAAGACGUUGAGAUGGCAAUUAUUGAAGAUAAGGACCUACUUGAUUAG